CGAACGCAAUCAUGACGGUCCUGCGCGUGAGGACCACAAUCAUGAUCGUGAUCCUGCGCGCGCAGGGCGUCAUCAUGAGCGCGAUCUCAACGCCCCAGCGCCCCAGAUUCGCCAGGAUCGCGAGGAUCGGGACCGGGAUCGCGCAGAUCGCCGCACAGAUUUUCCUCCUGCCGCAGUGAAUCCGCGCGGGAUUCCGCAGAUCUCGACCCCUGGAGCAGCAGAAAUCGCCGAAAUGAUUGCGCGCCUGGAUCCUGCAGCCCAGCGCAAUCUCCAGCGAAUCUUCACAGGAGCUGCUGGCGAACGCGUUACAGCGCGCUCCACUGCAUCUACAGCGCCUCAUUCUGCAGAACAUAAUUCUGCUCGCUACACCGACAACAAUGUUAACGCCGGCACCAACAACGAGACCAUUCACCACGUUCUUGGCCUUCUCGCGGCGCUCCAGCGGGGCAAUGGCGCCGAUCCCGCACCGCCACCGGAACCAGCACGCGUCGCAGCGACGGUGGCCCCACGCUCUCGCCUCCCGGCGCCCGCCCCCGAGCCCGUUGACGACGAAAUGGACGAGGAAGCACCCCAUGCCACGCUCGACGAAGGUAAUGCCGCCCGCCCGAAAUCCGCUUCUGCAUCGCUCACCCUCGCUCCUAUUCCACCUGCACGUCCUCAGUUGCGCUCUUCCUUAGUUAAAAGCGAUGGAAUUCGUACGCAACUUUUUAGUUUUGAGCGCAUUCAAGCUAUUGCACGUCAUGCUAUCUCGGUUUUACCACUUGACGGUGGGGAACAAGCCGCCGACUAUCUCCAGCAGAUAGUAGAGGAGGCGGAAGAGAAGAUUCAUUUUUUGUUUACCGCGGAUCAACGCGGUUUCGAAGUGGCCAAUAUGGCCCUUAAGAUUAAGUAUGGGGAAGUGGUAGAGGAUAAGAAUGUGAAGGCCGCUUCUCAGAUUGUAGCGGCCAGCAAGAAGAGGCCCACUCGGCCCACCCAUCCCACCUCCCGUCCUGAACCCCCUCUUCGCCCUCGCGGCCAAGGGGAGCGCCUUUGGAACACAUGGCGUAGGGACGGCGACGGCCGUUGUUUCUAUUGCCGUGAACCCGGGCAUGGGAUGGCUAAUUGCCCCCAAAGGGGCCAAGGGGCCAAUCGGCCAGCUAAGAUUGUGUAAAAGCUCGGAACCAUUUCGGCCUAUGCCGAUGACGCAACCAAGAUUACCCGCAUGCAAGGCCGCCUCCGUGACCGCGCUGCAUGGUGGUCCGCCUGGUGCGACAGCCGCUUGAUUCUAUCGGUGAUUACAUCUGGAUAUCGCCUACCAUGGGUUGCCUCUGAGCCCCCUCCGUCUCGUACUAAGAACCAUGCCGGUGCUUUGCAAUUCACCUCUUUCGCC